GACGUCCCUUGACCACCAUCCGCAUCCCUUCCCGGUGACGUCACCGGUCCUCCCCCGCGCCUGCGCAGUGCGCGCCCAGCACCCCCCGGCGCGGCGCGGAGGAUGCGGGGCUGCAGGUGAGGCAGCACCAGGUGAGAGAUGGAGGCGCCGCUGGUCAGCCUGGAGGAGUUCGAGGAGGGGCCGGCGGGCGGGGGCGCCCCGCAGCGCCCCGCGGACCCCGCGCUGGCCGAGCUGGAGAGCUUCUCUGCCGAGAUGAUGAGCUUCAAGUCCAUGGAGGACCUGGUGCAGGAGUUCGACGAGAAGCUCACCGUGUGCUUCCGAAACUACGACGCGGCCACCGAGGGGCUGGCGCCCGUGCGGGGCCGGCUGCAGGCGCAGGAGGAGGAGGAGCGCCUGCAGGAUGAGGAGGUCUGGGAUGCUCUGACCGAUGGCUUUGCCCCCCGGGGCUCCCCCCGGCCGUGGCAGCUCCCUGGGACUGAGCCCCUCCAUGGCAGCGACCCCCAGCUCGGUGGGAAGGAGGAGGAGGAGGAAGAGGAGGAGGAGCUCACUGAGAGGAGUGAGCAGGACUCUGGGAUCAACGAGGAGCCGCUGCUGACAGCUGAGCAGGUCAUCGAGGAGCUGGAGGAGCUCAUGCAGAGCUCACCUGACCCCGAGGCUGACCCCGAGGGGGAGGAGGAAGAGGAGGAGGAGGAGGAUGAGGAGGAGGAGGAGGAAGGCAAGGCUGAUGCUGAAGGCAAAGGUGGUGGCACGGAGCCCAUCGUGCUGCAGGAGCUGCAUGCUUUCUCCCCUGCCCUCAACAACAACUGCUCCCACGAAGGGCUGCGGCAGCUGUCGGCGCGGGAGCUGCUGGCGGCCGCGGGCCGGGCGGAGGCGGCGAGCCGAGCGCUCUCGGCAGAGCUGGUGGCGCAGCUGGCGCGGCGGGACGAGCUGGCCUUCGAGAAGGAGGUGAAGACAGCGUUCAUCGGGGCGCUGCUGGCCGUGCAGGGCGAGCAGCGAGAGCAGAGAGAGGCCGCCCGGCGCCGCCGCAGGGACAAGGGGCUGAGCCUGCAGGGCACAAAGGGCUCUGAGCGCGGCAGCCACAUGCCCCGCAAGCGCUUCAGCAUGGAGGGCAUCUCCAGCAUCCUGCACUCCGGCCUGCGCCAGACUUUUGGUCCCACCACCAACGAGAAGCAGUACCUGAACACGGUGAUUCCAUACGAGAAGAAGGGCUCACCACCCUCUGUUGAGGACCUGCAGAUGCUCACCAACAUCCUGUUUGCCAUGAAGGAGGGGAAUGAGAAGGUGCCCACUCUGCUCACGGAUUACAUCCUCAAAGUGCUCUGCCCGACCUGACCUGGUGCUGCCCCCACACUCCCACCCCAAAACGGGGCCAAACCCAAGGAAAAAGGGUCCCACCCACCCGUGGCUGCCCCACCCUGCACCUCCCCCUUUGCACAGCUGGGAAUAAAGAAUUCCUUACGUUAAUUAGGCAACUGG